UAUUUUAGGCUUUUGCGUGCUGACAUUUUAUAAAAAGCCGCCGAACUUAUAAUAUGCCACAAGUAAUUAUUCACUUUGUAUCGAAAACCACAACGCUGCACAAAUCUACACCGACAACAACAACCGCAUCAAACAUUCCCACAUAUAAUCAUGCGAAACUUAUGGGUUGUUGUUUGGUCCUAUUGUUGUUGCUUCUAUUCGGCACAACAGAGGCCAAAUCGAAAUCGAAAAAGACCUCCAGCAUACAUUACAGCAACGAGGAUAACUUGAAAUCCCCUACCGAGGGCCAACAUUUUGCAAUGGAACCGCAAGAUCAAACCGCAGUAGUAGGUUCUAGAGUGACUUUGCCCUGCCGAGUAACCGACAAAGUAGGUGCAUUACAAUGGACAAAAGAUGAUUUUGGCCUUGGGCAACAUCGUAAUCUAAGCGGUUUUGAACGUUAUUCGAUGGUCGGUAGCGAUGAGGAGGGCGAUUUCUCUUUAGAUAUAUUUCCUGUAAUGUUAGAUGACGAUGCUCGUUAUCAGUGUCAAGUAGGCCCAGGACCUCAAGGCGAGGCAGGCAUUAGAUCACGUUUUGCUAAACUAACCGUUUUAGUACCACCUGAGGCUCCCAAAAUAUUACAAGGUGAUCACUUGGUUACCACUGAAGAUCGAGAAAUCGAAUUAGAAUGCGUAUCAGUGGGUGGAAAGCCCGCUGCAGAGAUAACUUGGAUAGAUGGCCUCGGUAAUGUGAUUAAUAAAGGCAUUGAAUACGUUAAGGAACCUUUAGCGGAUACACGCCGAGUGACAGCCAAAUCUAUACUGAAGUUGACACCCAAGAAAGAACAUCACAACACUACCUUUACAUGCCAAGCUCAAAAUACGGCUGAUCGUACUUAUCGUUCAGCUAAAGUCGAGCUAGAAGUGAAAUAUGCGCCAAAGGUGUCUGUAUCAGUAGUGGGUGGAGCUUUAGCCGGUGGGCGUAUUCCCGAAGGAGCCGAAAUCAUCCUAUCAUGUCAAGCCGACGCUAAUCCUCCUGUUCAAACUUAUCGUUGGUUUAUUAACGAUGAGCUCGUAACGGGUGACUAUACCACAAAAAUGGUUGUUCACAAUGUUUCACGUCAAUACCACGAUGCUAUAGUUAAAUGUGAGGUAGUUAACGCUGUAGGUAAAAGCGAGGAAAGUGAAACCUUGGACAUAAGCUAUGGUCCAAUUUUUCGACAACGGCCCACAUCGGUCGAAGCUGAUUUGGGUACAACUGUGACUCUUCGCUGUGGUGUGGAUGGUAAUCCAUCUCCAGAAAUCGAAUGGAUCAAUGAAAAUUCCGACAGAGUUGUUGGAACCUCUGCGAACCUAUCCUUGAAAGUAACCACUGAAUCUGCUGGCCGUUAUUACUGCAAAGCGAUAGUAGAGGGCUUUCCCGAAAUCGGAGCCGAAGCUACGAUUUAUGUUAAACGUGCUCCCAUUAUCACAUCGCAUAAAGUUCAAUUUGGAGCUGUUGGUCAUCGUGCCAAAAUUGAUUGCCUCGCCUUUAGCAUACCAAAAGCAGAAAAGAUCUUGUGGUCCUAUGAGGGAAAAAUUAUUAAUAUGAGCAGCGCUGAUCCAGAUUUGUAUAUAUUUGAAGAAUAUCAUUUGCCUGAGGGUGUGCGAGCAGCUUUGAUCAUUAAAGAGAGCCGCUCCAAUCACUUUGGCAAAUAUAAUUGUACAGUUAUCAACUCAUAUGGCAGCGAUUCAUUGCUGAUUACUUUAAUACCCGAACCUGGUUCUGUACCCGUCCUUUUGGUGGUCAUGGGCUCAAUGUCGUCAGUGGCCAUUAUUAUUAUGGUUGUGAUGCUAAUAAUAGUUUACAUGAGACGUAACAAAAAGAAACCAAUGCCAGCCGAUGUUAUACCAGAAGCUUCACGUGGUGGCGAUAAAUUGGCGGAUUUAAAAAGUGAAAUGCGUGCCAAAGCCUACGAAGCCGAUUAUACGGAUGGUUCAGAUGGCUUAGCUAUCAAUUUGACGCAAGCACCCAUGCCUGACGUACAAAUGAAAGGAGCUACACUGGGUGUACCGCUUGCAGGUCCUGUAAAAUUGGACGAAAGAUUUUCUGGUGAAUUCGGUGAACGAUAUAAACGUACAUGUAACUUGAAAAGUCUUAAAAAUCAAGACUUUAAAGAAACUGUCAAUGGUUAUGCUCCCUACUUUGAGUACGCUUUGGACUACAGUCCACCCAACGAUAGUAAAUCGACGGUAGAGUCAGUAUCUAAAAGUAACUCUAGUACUAUUAAUUCAGCUACUUUGCCACACUAUACAAAUUCAGUAAACACCAACAGCAAUAUGAGCUUACCACGCAAUCGCAGCGAUAUGCAACAACCGAAUAUUAAUAAUGGAUUUUUAGGUCAAUCCCUUUUGCAAAAUGGAAUAGACAGUCGCUUUAGUGCCAUCUACGGCAAUCCAUACCUGCGUACCAAUUCUUCUGUACUCCCACCUCUACCACCUCCCAGCACUGCCAAUCCAGCAGCAACGCCAGCUCCUCCACCCUACCAUGCGCCACGCAAUCAUGCCAACACCAAUGGCAUCGGUGUUAUGGGCAGCCUGAAAAACUUUGGCGCAGCCGCCAGCAUUAUCAGCUCCAGCAAUGGCCUAGCCAGUGUAAGCGGCAGCAGUUCUAAUCUUACGUCGAGCAGUAAUACUCUGGCUGCUACGCCGCUCGCACAACCCACCGCUAGUACACCCUCGAGUAUGGCAACAUCUGUGGCCACUACAGCUCAGAGUCCACCCGGGCAAUUUAUCUUACCGUCUAAUAGUAAUGGUGUGGCUAAAAAGGGAGCUCUAGCUACUCAUGUCUAGAGAAUACAAAAUCUCUUACAUACUGAUAAUGUUCGAGGAAACGAUUAUGAAUUAGCGAGUUGCCGUAAUUAAAAAAAUGACGCAAAAUGACGGCAGCAACAGGAGUCUUAUUAAAAUUUUAAAAAGAUAUUGUGAUUUUUAGCAUUAAUUAUUAACAUACCUUCGCGGCAAAUCUCUCUGGCUGGAUACCGGCGCCGGUUUGUAACAAUUCAAAUAAUCUAUAACAAGCGUUUGGGUAUCAAGCGUUUUAUUAACGUUUUAUUGUUAGGUGAAAUUUUAAACAAAUGUAAUUUAUACAGAAAUAUAUAUAUAUAUGC